AACAGUUUAUGAAAGAGAAAACUUUUCUCUUUCGUUUACUACCAACAUCUGUGAUUGGCGUGUAACGGUUUGUCCGGAAUUUCCAUUCAAAGUGGAUUUUGACAGUUGGCUUUUAGGCCGUAAUCAUAUGUUUGUCGAGAAUUUUCAUGCAUUUUCUAGCAUAUACUUCUAGUAAAUAUUCAAUGAGUGGAUAGACCGAAUACGUCCAAUGCACAAAAUUUGCAGCAGAAGAAACGAGAGGCAGAUCAAAAAGUAUGAUAUCGGUGAUUAAAAAAAAGUUCUGCGUAUGCCUGGUCCAGACAUUUACAGACUUUUAAAACAGUAAUAAACUGACCGAUUUUCUUCAGAAAAUAAUAGAUGUGUCCCAGCAUGCAAAGAAUUACGAAUCAAAUACCGUUCAUACUUUUACCAUUUAGAUUUUUUUUAAGAAAUUUAGAACUUAAUCUUUCACGGAAUCUUUUUGGUCUUUUUCGGAGUAACGAACCAAUGAUCUCUAAAUGCGCAGGUAUCCUUCUGUUGAUCAACAGCAUGCGGCAGCUGUUCAAAUCGUAAAAUUAUUUCCACAACUUAGUAAUACGCGAGUCACACCAACUGCUCCUGAUGAGUCAUUUUUCUUUUGGCGCAACGGAGGCAAGGAAAAGGGUGCUCAUACUGGCAUGAUAUUUCAUCGCAUCCGGAAUGUCAUCAAACAGCUACCUGCAGGAAAACAUAAAUAUAAUCGAGGAACUAUGCCUGUAGAAGAGUCCGUUUCAACUGAACUUGUAGAGCGGGCUCAAUUGCUCCGAGUAAUGCUUGCAUCGGCAUCAGUAGCAGAACAUAUUUGUGAUGAAAUGGACCGAUGCUUUCCAGUCCUCAAACUGUUAUUAAAAGAAAAGAAACCCGUUAAUGAUAUCUUGGAUAUGUUUCCACACCUGUGUUCAUAUGAAGGAUUGGUGAUUCGUCAAAUGUUUGAGAGAUUGUAUCCUAACAGAACAGAAGGUCUCAAAAUCGAGGAUGUCUUCUCUCAGUGUCUAUCUUAUUCACCGUCCAGAUUCUCUAGAGUAGAAGAUGAUCACAUUCGAGGAUGCUUGAGAAUAAUUUCUCAUAUGCCAAUUCGCGGACAAAAAAGAACGCUGGUAGGCUGUCCAACUGUAGGCGAAGAACAUUCGGCUUCAAUUUUAAUUCGUUGGAUUGGGGAGUGCUUAGAUACAUACGUGGCAUCCCCCGCAACUGAUUCCAAACUACACAUGGUGUGCGUAGCAAGCCCGAUGAAAAGAGGAAAUUAUGCCGUCAUUUGUGAGAAAAAAGUUAUAUUCGAGACUAACAAUUCUAUUCAUGCAGUGGAAAUUUUAUUCAAAUGCUACGCAGUUCUCGGAGUGGAGGUGCCACCUAAUUUUAGAAUGUUUUGGGACUUUCUGGCAUGUGCCAUAUAUAAUAUAAUUCCGCACAGUCAGAGGACAACUGUGAAUAGACUCGUCCAAACUUUUAUUGAAGUUUCCCGCGCACGUAUUGACAACAAAUAAAAGGACAACUUUUUUAUACA